AUGGCAAUCGCAAGACAAUCAUUUAUCCAAAAUAACAGUCACAAUCUAAAUAAUAAUAAUAAUAAUAAUUUUGAAAAUAAUAAUAAUACGAAUUACUCUAAUCAUUCAUUCGAAGAAUCUGAUAAUUUAAUAUCACUCAAUAAUAAUAACAACCAAACAAUAAAUAAUAAUAAUUUAGAUUAUUUAAAUAAUAAUAGUAAUAAUAAUAAUAAUCAAGAGGAUAAAUACGAUAAUAGUAAAUCUAAAUAUUUAUCCCAACAACCAGAAUAUUAUAAUAGUAGUAAUAGUUUCACAUUUCCAUCAAUUCAAUCUCAAUAUUAUAGAGUUAAAAAUUAUAUUCGUAAUUUAUUUAAAUUUAAUCAGUCCAUUCCCAUUGAUCGAUCCUCUAUUCAACUAGGUUCAUAUUCAUAUUCAGCAGCAUCAACAUCACCAUCAACAUUUAAUUCCAAUCAAAAUAAUUCAAUCCAAUUUUUAAGUAGAAGUAAUAGUACAACCAGUAUUUAUAGUAGUAUUAGUAGUAAUAAUAAUAAUAAUAAUAGUACCAAUAAUAAUAAUUUAAAAAUGGUUUUCAAUUCAACAAAAACAAUUGGAAAUCAAAUAAAAAAAAGAAAACAUAUAGUUAAAGAAUUUGGAAUAAGAUGUUGUAGACAUGUUUUAGUUAUGUGUGCAAUAUUGGCAAUCAUCAUUCCCAUUUCAUUAUACAUUACAAAUAAUUCACCUAGAAAAUAUGAUGGUGCCAAUAUAGAGUUUGAAGGUGAAGAUUAUGAUCCAAGACACUUACAAAUUUAUGAUACCAACCUCGUUGCCAAUCCAAAUAUCUUUUUGGAUCCUCAUAGUCAUAGCACCUACUCUGAUGGUAAAUUAAGUGUCGAGAAUCUAAUCCUAUGGCAUAUUAAAAAUGGUUUCAAUGCUAUGAUUGUAACCGAUCACAAUACUGUAUCUGGUGGAUUGGCUGCUGAAAAGUUGGCAAAAGAAAAAUAUCAAGAAAAGAUUGUUGUCAUUCCUGGAAUAGAAUGGACAAAUUGUAGAGUACAUUUAGGAUUAAUAGGAAUUAGAGAAGAUGUUCCAUUAAUUAAAAGACCUACAAAUACACAGAUUAAAGAGAUUAUUGACAAGGUUCAUAGUUUGGGAGGAUUGGUUGUAUUGAAUCAUUACCCUUGGUCGACAUGGGCAGGACUCGAUCAACCUUCGAUGGAGGAAUGGAAAGAGAUGGGAAUCGACUUUUUAGAGGUAGUCAAUGAAAGUACAAUGGAUUACCAAGGUUUACAAUUUGCUUUAAAGAAUGGUAUUAGGUAUACAACAGGUUCCGAUUAUCAUUUCGAUCAACGUGGAAUGUGUUGGACUGUUUUGGAUUCACCAAAUAUUACUCAACCCUACAACAAGAAUGAUACCAUUAAUGCCAAAUACCUAACCUCUGAAAUUGUCAUGGACGCUCUUAGAACUCUAAACACCACCUUUAUAUUCGAUCCAGUUGGUUCGGGAAUCUCCAUCAAAGAGAACAAUGAAUUCUCGUCUACCUAUAAUUUCAUGGCUCCAUGGGUCUACCUCGGUGAUUUCUUUCACAGUUACUAUGUCCUUCAAAAGGGGAUGUAUAGUUUUGUCGAUGGUCCUUGUACUGACCAACACGUUGUUGUCUAUGGCAAACAAUUGAUUUCAUUGAUUGGAUGGAUCAUCUUUUUCUUCAUUGCAAUCGAGUUGAUCUACCAAGCUUGUAAAGUCCUCUACCGUCGUUUCUUCAAGAUCCAUACCAUCGAUCCAAUCACCCCAUCUCCCAUGGAUAAAGAAGGAUAUGAUGAUUUCAUCACGACUACUGGUGAUGGUUUCAAAGGCAAACAUAAUAGUAGUACCAUUUCAAUCGACCGUAUGGACUCGACUGAAUCUGGUUCAAGUCCAACCCUUUCCAGUGUCGACCAUAGUUUUACAAAUGAUAGUGUCUUGGAUUUCAACGAUGAUAACUUUGAUAGAGAUGAUUCUACAUCAACUCCAGCACCAUAA